GUUGUUGUCUGUUGACGUUUCCGUCGUCGUCGUCGUCGUCGACGUCGUCGUCGCCGUUGCCGACGCAGACAUCGGUGUGAGGCAGCGCUGAGAUGGCAGAUUUUGCCAUGCAAGUUUCAGAGCUGCCUCUACUGGGAGCAGCGAAGGCUGGCUCCACUGGUCGAUCUCUAUGGAGGAGAUGGAAUCGAUUAUCAAGACUUCAACGAAACAUUAUAACCAUAGUUUUAGGCAUCACAAUAUUUUGUGUUGUAUUCCUCAUCUUCAAUGAUCAUUCAAGUAACACCCUCCAGUCCUCGACUUCAGAGAGCUCAGCGGGGCAGCGUCUGGAGGCGGCGCCGGCCGAGGCGCCCGCGGCGGCCGGGCCCCGUCAGGGUGGAGUGGAGGUUCGGCGGGUGAUCGGCCGUCCGGCGGCGCCUGGCCAGCAUCACGGCGGGGCCAACAUCGAGCACCGUCUGGAGGAGACGCUGGACGGCGCCGGUAACAAGGUGCAGCGCGUCAACAAACUGGUCCAUCUGCACCACGUCGACAAAAUCGGCGAGGACCUGGGCGACGACGACCCUAGCGGUGUCCGCAACCCGCCGGACCCGGACCGCGACCCGGAGCCGGAGCAGGACCCGGGUCCGGACCCGGACUCGGGGCCCGCGCAGCCGGAGCCCCUGAUCCCGCCGCGGGCCAAACGCGCACCCGUCCAGUUCCCAGGUCCCACCAACGUUCGUCAGCGCGCGGUGGUGUCAGCGUUCCAGCACGCCUGGACGGCGUACACCAACUAUGCCUGGGGCCACGACCACCUGAAGCCCAUCUCCCAGACGGCGCACGACUGGUUCGGCCUGGGCCUGACACUCAUCGACAGCCUGGACACUAUGUACAUCAUGGACCUGAAGAAAGAGUUUGCCGAGGCGCGCGAUUGGGUGGCCGACCAUCUGAGUCUGGACGUCAGCGACUACGUCAACGUGUUCGAGACGACCAUCCGCGUGCUGGGCGGUCUGCUGAGCGCACACCACCUCUCGCAGGACGACGUGUUCCUCAAGAAGGCCGUGGACCUGGGUGACCGUCUGCUGCCCGCCUUCAACACUCCCUCUGGCAUCCCCUACUCGGACGUCAACCUGCACACGCUGAAGGCGCGCGGCCCGGCCUGGAACCCGGACAGCUCGACUGCCGAGGUGGCCACCCUGCAGCUUGAGUUCAAUCAGCUCAGCCACGUCUCCGGCGACCGGCGGUACUCUGACCGGGCGAUGGCGGUGUCAAACCACAUCAGCGGCCUCCCCAAGAAGGAGGGCCUGGUGCCCAUCUACAUUAGCACCAAGGACGGCCAGUUUCGGCAGUACUCUGUGGUGACGAUGGGCGCGCGCGGGGACAGCUACUACGAGUACCUGAUCAAACAGUACGCCCAGCUGGGACUGCCGCUGGCCCAUCUCCGGAAUGAUUUUAACGCCUCGGUGCAGGGCAUUCAGCACCUCCUAGUCAAGAAGAGCAAGCCGGGCGAUCUGACCUUCCUGGCAGAGCUGAUGAGCGGCGGCAAGAACAUUAAACCGAAAAUGGACCACCUGGCCUGUUUUCUGCCGGGCACGCUGGCGCUGAGCGUGCGACUGGGCCUGCCGCCGUCCUACAUGAAGCUGGCCGAGGAGCUGAUGUACACGUGCUACCUCACCUACAGCCGUCAGGCCACCGGACUGGCGCCAGAGAUCACCUACUUCAACAUGAACCCGGACUCUACGACCGACUUCUACGUGAAGCCGCUGGACGCGCACAGCCUGCUGCGGCCGGAGACGGUGGAGUCGCUGUGGUACCUGUACCACCUGACCGGCAACCGCACCUACCAGGACUGGGGCUGGAACAUUUUCCAGGCGUUUGAGAAGUACGCUCGUGUGCCGACGGGCGGCUACACGAGUAUCGGGGACGUGCGUAACCCGGACAAUCUCAACCCGCGCGACUCCAUGGAGUCGUUCUUCCUCGGCGAGACGCUCAAGUACCUGUACCUGCUCUUCUCCGACGAUCAGAGCACUCUGAACCUCAACGACUACGUGUUCAACACGGAGGCGCACCCGCUGCCGGUACUGCGCCGGCCUCCGGCGCCGCCGCCGCGCGCACCGCUGGCCGCCGCGCCGCCGGUGGCCGGGGGCGCCGGACACGACUACAUCUGAACUGGGCCCGCCGGUCGGCGGCCAGGACUUCAUGUGAGCUCGCUGCAGCUCGUCCUUCUGUGAUACAUUCAGGCCGGGCGGCCGGGCGCCUGUCCGACUCUGCCUCAGCGAUCGGAGAUGGGACCGUCGUGUGGACGGUGCCGUGAAGUAUGGACGGGACGAUACCGUGUGUCGCGUGUGUGACACUGGCAGACGGUGGUGGGAAGGCCGCCGACACUGCCUGUCGUGAUGGGUCCUCCCGUUGUGGGACCGCAGCCUCAGAUGGGAUCGAGUAUCGAUGGUUACUUACACAUCACUGAGCCAUAGAGUUAUCUCACUUCAUGAGAGAGUAGGACUGCGUUAAUUUUUGUACAUCGCAGCCUGGUCUCUCCGGGGAGUGGACGGCUACCGCCGGGGCAGGCCCCGUGUCGGUCUGGGGAGCUCUGGAGGCCGCCAGGCGCCCGUGGGGAGGGAGGGUUAGGUUGGGGUGGUGGCUUGGUUCGGCAGGGUGAUGGUCGCACAUUUCGCGGAGUAUUUGAGCUUCACUUGUUAAGUUAUUAUGUUAUAGCGGAGGACUUAUGACUGAUAUGUGUAUGGGAUUUGGGUUGCGGAUGUGUUACCCUCGAGGUUUUAGAAAUGAACGGUACCGGGGAGGGAGAGAGGAGCCGAGUUGUUACUAACAUGUGGCUGCUAAUCACUCCAUGCGGCAAGGCGGUAUUAACUGGCAAUGGAAGCCGACAUAUGUUUGUUCUGUUCAGUGUUUUGCUUAGUUUAAACAUCCUAUUUAGUUCAUGGAGUGUCCAUUCAUAGAGCUGCUUAGUUAUCAAGCACCAGUUUCAUGACGUAAGGCACAUUUCACUUAGAGGUUGAAGUGUUCAUCGAGUGUUCAACCGACAGUAUUCAGACAUCGAUGUUUCAAGUUGGCGACAUUGUUCAAGCACAUCGCAUGGACUGCGAUCAAUUAUGGUAUUAUGCUGAGGUGCUAUUUUUUCGCAAAAUAUUACAACAACAUGCCUUGUGUGAGCACCACUACCGGCUCAAGUCAGGUCAACUGAGCAUGCUCUGGUUUGUACUGAAAUAUUCAGCGUAGUUGCACCUUUCACACCAGAGGACGUACUAGCGUGGAAUGCUGUUGCCGAUUUGACCCACGGUCCUCAGUGACCAGUCUCCUCCCGGCACAUCACGUGUGCCGUGCCGUGCCGUGAGUACCAGAUGUUUUAUAUGCAGUGACACGUGGUGAGCGGCGCGGCGCACCUCUGAUAUCGUGCCGUGCCGUGCCUGCGGCUCCGUGCCGUGUGACUACCGUGAUGACUGACCGCCGGUCGGCCGGUCGGCGGUCUCCUUACACUGUGUGACCGUCACUCGCGUGGAAUCUCUGGUCCGUUAGACGACUGGGACCGCAUGUGUGUCAUGACAAACGAUGUGUGUUAAUAUACCAGCGUGGUGAUGCA